CCCCUCCUCCUCUGGGUACCAGCGCGACGGAGGGAGAUGCAGUGAGCUCAGCGAGGCUGGCCAGCCCCGGCGUUGGAAGCAAACAAGCCGAGAAACGCGCACCGAGCAGCUCCCGAAGUCCCUCUGCGUCUCCUUUUCCUUCAAGCCCUUCCUCCGGCGGCUGGCAUGGUCUGCUAGGAGGAGGGGGAGCCCCCCAAGCAGCCGAGGGAACAGGGCCCAGACAGAAACGGGCUCCGGCAUGGAGUUAAAGAGAUCCAUCUCGGCCAGCAUGGAAGCAGAGAAGCCUCUGAGACGCUACGGGGCGGUGGAGGAGACGGCAUGGCGAGCCGAGGGGCUAGGGAGAAAUCAGCUUGACAUCAUUUCGAUGGCUGAAACUACCAUGAUGCCUGAGGAGAUAGAACUGGAGAUGGCAAAGAUCCAGAGACUUCGGGAAGUCUUAGUCAGGAGAGAAUCAGAGCUCAGGUUUAUGAUGGAUGAUAUCCAGUUAUGUAAGGACAUCAUGAACUUGAAGAAAGAGCUGCAGAAUUUAGUGGCAAUCCCAGAAAAAGAGAAGACAAAAUUGCAGAAGCAAAGGGAAGAUGAAUUGAUUCAGAAGAUCCACAAACUGGUGCAGAAAAGAGACUUCCUUGUUGAUGACGCCGAAGUAGAGAGAUUAAGAGAGAAGGAGGAAGACAAGGAGAUGGCGGAGUUCCUCCGGAUCAAGUUGAAACCCUUAGACAAAGCCGCGCGAUCUCCAACUAGUACGCCAGCAGAGAAGAAGGCGGAGCCCCCUCCUCUUCCUCCAAACAAGCCCACCAUUGCGAAAGCAGGAAUCGCUAUCAUCAAGGAUUGUUGCGGGUCCACCCAAUGCGCCAUCAUGUAGCUCCCUCGUCACAGGGCACCGCCUCCCCCCCCUGCCCCCUACGCACUCAACCCAACAGACGGAAAAACUGUGGACGGAAGAGGACGUUAAGCAUCCAGAUAUCUUGAUAGUAGAGUUUCCUGUACUGGUUUUUUUUACAGUAACUGUUGUGUACUGAAUGUACCUGUCGGUGACUCCUUCACUGUUGCACGGAUCACUCAGUCAGCAUGCCUAGGUUUAAGACAAGGAGUAUAUAUAUAUCUAAGUAUAACUAUAUCUCGAGGAGAGGGAAAGACUUGUAUAGGAAAAAGAGAGACAGACACAGGCAGGCACCACUUUUUAUCCUUAUAUAUAGAUCUAUGUGUAUAUAAGAUGAUAUGUAUAUGGGGAGGAAGACACCCCCCCCCCACACCCUCUGCCAGCUGUGAAAAAGAAAAUCAUACCAAGUAAUAUGUAGAAUAGCAAUUUUAAUAGUCUGUGCGUAGAAUAGGAUGCGCUCCACACUUCUUUCCGUUGACAAGACAGCAUUUGCUCCCGUGGGCAGAAUAAAAACUUGGCAUGGCAGCUCCUCUUAGCAUCUAACAUAAUAAAUAAAUAUUGUAAAUAGGACAAGGCA